AUGACUGCCAUCCAGCUACGAGAAUUUAUUGACCACCCACCUACUGUUCCCACUAGUAUAUUCAUUGCUCAUCAAGGAAAGGACCUCCAUGGCUAUUACCCUGGGCAGCUUGCAAGAGUUCAUUAUGCUUAUAGUGUGAAGAGAUCUCCCAGAUAUUCAAAGCCUGCUGAACCCUGGUAUAAAGAAACUACGUACCAAAGAGACUGUUCUUUGCCAUUUUAUAAGAUGGAUUGGGAACAGAAAUUAGCGACAGUUUCAUCGAAUCUACCUAGACCACUUAAUUCAAUACCAGAGCAUUACUGCUGUGAAGAGAGUGGCUUUGAAAGAAAGGCUUUUAAACUAAAGUAACCAUGGCAUUUGAACAAAAGAACAUUUGGCAUUCUUAAGUGGCUCUUUUAGACUGAAAUAAUGGUAACAGAACUACUUUUAAGUGUAUAUCCAGAUGGUUACAAUCCUAAAAUAUUUACAUGUUGCAAAUUCUUUUCAGAUUAAGUUGGUCAGCCUAGGGCAGGGAAUCAAGAUCAGCCUUAAGAAGACUUGUCACCUGUUCUUAAUGCCCCACUACCAGUCUUGUUGCUGGUGUUGGCAAACCAUCUCACAUUUAGUCCAGUGGUUUUAUGUGGAACCAGGUAAGAAUAUAAUUGCCUUCACCCAAUAACUGCAUCACUGUUGGAAAAAAAAAGCAGCAGCAGCAUCUGAGGAUGUAGCUAAGGAGGAAGAUUACUGGCAUCACAGACCUGGAAGGUGCUUUGGAUGCAGAACCCCAGAUAUGACACAGGGCUGUAGUGAGAUGUGGGGCUGGUAAAAAGAAAGAUUAAUUGAAAGUCUAGAUACAGGAGUUAACACUCCUAUCCUGACAAGAAGAAAGCCUGACAACUAGGCAUCAACUCCCUGGGCAAAAUGCUAGAGGUUCU